CAAUGAAACACCUUCAAUCCGUUGCCAUGACUGUGCCCAUAUUGUACCUUUGACCCCCGCAGGCAGAUCUUGCAGACUGAUAAACAACGAGAGAGAGAGCGAGAAAGAGAGAGAGGCUGCUGGGUAGAGAGCAGAGCGCACCACCCAAUUUGAGAGGGAGAGAAGCCAGCGAACAUGUCGGACAAUAUCCCGCUGCAGCCUGUCCGCCAUAAGAAGAUGCAUGAUUCCAAACAGAGGAGCGGAUGCUGUGGUUGGUGCUGUAGAGGAAGAGAUUUCAAACCUCGCACAGUGUGGCUUGGACAUCCAGAGAAAAGAGAACAGAAAUAUCCACGAAAUGUUAUCAAUAAUCAGAAAUACAACAUAUUUACCUUUCUUCCUGGGGUACUAUUUAACCAGUUUAAGUAUUUCUUCAAUCUGUACUUCCUGCUGUUGGCAUGUUCCCAGUUUGUACCAGAUCUGCGACUUGGUGCUCUAUACACAUAUUGGGCUCCAUUGGGUUUUGUCUUGGCUGUGACAAUCAUCAGAGAGGCAGUGGAGGAGAUCCGAUGUUAUGUCCGAGACAAAGAAGUGAAUUCCCAGAUCUACAGCAAGCUCACAGCCAGAGGUACUGUGAUUGUCAAGAGCUCAAAUAUUCAAGUGGGGGAUUUGAUUAUUGUUGAUAAGAAUCAGAGGGUGCCUGCUGACAUGAUCUUCCUCCGAACAUCGGACAAAGGAGGCUCCUGUUUUAUCCGCACUGAUCAGCUGGAUGGUGAAACUGAUUGGAAGAUGCGGUUGCCUGUUGGCUGUACCCAGAGACUACCCAUUGCAGCCGAUUUGCUACAAAUACGAUCUUAUGUUUAUGCAGAAGAACCAAACCUUGAUAUUCACAGUUUUGUGGGGACUUUCACUCGGGAGGAUAGUGACCCACCAAUUAAUGAGAGUUUAAGCAUUGAGAACACAUUGUGGGCCAGUACUGUUAUAGCAUCUGGCACAGCAGUUGGUGUUGUUAUCUACACAGGCAAAGAAAUGCGGAGUGUUAUGAAUACUUCUCAUCCAAAGAACAAGAUGGGGCUGUUUGACCUGGAGGUGAACUGUUUAAUGAAGAUCCUGUUUGUUGCUUUGGUGGUGUUAUCCCUUGUGAUGGUCUCCCUGCAGCAUUUCAGGGGACGUUGGUAUCUCCAUUUGUUUCGCUUCUUCCUUCUGUUUUCCCAUAUAGUUCCUAUCAGUAUUCGUGUCAAUCUGGACAUGGGAAAGAUGGUCUACAGUCUGAUGAUUCGGAAAGAUGCUAAAAUUCCUGGCACAGUGGUACGGGCUAGCACCAUUCCAGAACAGCUUGGGAGAAUUUCCUAUGUUCUAACAGACAAGACAGGAACCCUUACCAAAAAUGAGAUGCAGUUCAGACGUCUUCAUUUGGGUACAGUGUCCUAUGGAUUGGAUUCAAUGGAUGAAGUAGAGAGCCACGUUUUUAGUGCAUAUACACAGCCUCCACCUGCUUCACAAGACAAACCUUCAUCAGCAACUCCUAAAAUACGUAAAACUGUUGCCGUUCGCGUUCAUGAGGCAGUGAAAGCAAUUGCAUUGUGCCACAAUGUUACGCCCGUCUAUGAGUCUCAUGGACCUGAUUCAACCGACCGAGCUGAAGCUGAGCAAAACUAUGAAGAUGCAUGUCGAAUUUACCAAGCAGCCAGUCCAGAUGAGGUGUCUCUGGUGCAGUGGACAGAGUGUGUGGGCCUGACUCUUGUAGGCAGGGACCAAUCCUCCAUGCAGCUGAGGACACCAGGAGGACAGAUUCUGAACUUCACUAUCCUGCAGGUGUUCCCAUUUACCUAUGAGAGCAAACGUAUGGGAAUCAUUGUCAAAGAUGAAUCCACAGGAGAAAUUACAUUCUACAUGAAAGGGGCUGAUGUUGUCAUGAUGGGAAUUGUUCAGUACAAUGACUGGCUUGAAGAAGAGUGUGGCAAUAUGGCCAGAGAGGGACUUAGAGUUCUGGUUGUUGCCAAGAAGUCCCUAACAGAGGAGCAGUACCAGGAUUUUGAGAAUCGUUAUAAUCAAGCAAAGCUGAGUGUACAUGAUCGGUCAUUGAAAGUUGCAACUGUAAUUGAGAGCUUGGAGAUGGAAAUGGAGCUGCUUUGCCUGACUGGAGUGGAGGACCAACUUCAGGCUGAUGUCAGGCCUACCCUGGAGAUGCUGAGAAAUGCUGGGAUAAAGGUAUGGAUGCUCACUGGAGACAAACUUGAAACAGCAACUUGUACAGCAAAAAAUGCACACCUGGUAACCAGGAAUCAAGAUAUCCACAUUUUCCGAACAAUAACCAAUCGAGGAGAAGCACACUUGGAACUUAAUGCUUUCAGAAGGAAACACGAUUGUGCUCUGGUCAUAUCUGGAGACUCACUGGAGGUAUGCCUGAAGUUCUAUGAGUAUGAGUUUAUGGAACUUGCCUGUCAGUGCCCUGCUGUAGUCUGCUGUCGAUGUGCUCCCACGCAGAAAGCACAGAUUAUACGCCUGUUACAGCAGCGGACUCGCAAAUUAACAUGUGCAGUAGGGGACGGAGGAAACGAUGUGAGUAUGAUCCAGGCUGCCGACUGUGGAGUGGGGAUUGAAGGCAAGGAAGGAAAGCAAGCAUCUUUGGCAUCAGAUUUCUCCAUAACUCAGUUCAAACACCUUGGUAGGUUGCUAAUGGUUCAUGGACGCAACAGCUACAAGAGGUCAGCUGCUCUGAGCCAGUUUGUCAUCCAUAGGAGUCUGUGCAUCAGUACCAUGCAGGCUGUUUUCUCUUCAGUGUUCUAUUUUGCAUCCAUUCCUCUGUACCAAGGUUUUCUUGUCAUAGGGUAUUCCACAAUUUACACCAUGUUCCCAGUGUUCUCUCUUGUUCUGGACAAAGAUGUUGAAUCAGAAGUUGCAAUGCUCUAUCCAGAACUCUAUAAAGAUCUUACUAAGGGUCGACCACUCUCUUUCAAAACGUUUUUGGUUUGGGUUUUGAUUAGUAUAUACCAAGGUGGAAUAAUAAUGUAUGGAGCUCUCCUGCUGUUUGAUUCGGAGUUUGUGCAUAUAGUGGCCAUUUCCUUCACCUCGCUCAUUCUCACGGAGUUGCUGAUGGUGGCACUCACAAUCCAGACCUGGCACUGGCUCAUGAUUGUGGCAGAACUUCUCAGUCUCAGCUGUUACAUCGCUUCUCUUGUCUUCUUGCAUGAGUUUAUUGAUGUCUACUUCAUCAUCACGUUGUCCUUCCUGUGGAAAGUCUCGGUAAUCACCCUGAUCAGCUGUCUUCCCCUGUACAUACUGAAAUACCUGAGAAGAAGGUUUUCACCACCCAACUACUCCAAGCUUACCUCAUAGAUUCUGAAACAUAGAUGGUGAUCCCACUCCAGUUGGGAUUCACGUCCAACAACUUAGGGAAUUUAUUUGACAGUUUCAAGUGCUACUGAUGGACUAAAAUGCUACAGUAAUGACAAACUGGUGAAAAACCACUGGGCAGCAAACAUUACCAGAGAUGUGACCUGUUGCUUCAGAGUCAUGAGAUUUGAUGAGAACCAGUCAAAAGGGAAUCAAUGCACUGUUCAAAACUAAGAGGCCAGAAAAGAAUCCACUAAAGAUAAAGGGAUCACUAAUCUAUCACAGCUAUUGAGCCACUGAUUAAAAAAUAUGUGUAAAAUUUACUUUUUAGUCAUCCCUUUAUUUUAUUUGUAACCUAAUUUCACUAAGGUUUUGAGCUCCAGUUAUUGAUCACUUUCCAUUCUCCAUACUUGGUAAUAGGUUAUAUCCGUCAACUAGAAUGAAAUUUCCUUCAGUCUUUCAAGUAACAACCCCAUUCUUCAGCCCAGUCUUCUUGGGUACAGCAAGCCAAGUCUUGUGUUUUUAUCCUGAUUACAGAAUUCAGAGGUAUGUCAUCUGAAGUGAGCUGCUGCUUCAGAGUUUAUGUAAUUUUAUGACACUAGUCAAUAAAGGGAAUCCAUGCACUGUACAAAAGUUAGAGCCACAGAAAAGAAUCUACUGAAGAUAAAGGGAUCACCAACAUGUAAAACUAUUGAGCCACCAAUACAAGUAUCUGUAAUAUUUGGUUUCUUCAAUUAUCCCUUUAUUUUGUUUGUGACCUAAUUACACUAGGGCUACAUCAAAAUUUAGUUCAUAAGCUGAUGUGUUCGAAGCGUAAAUUUCCUUUAUUAUUUUAUGCAGUCAUCUGUGUUUGGAAUGUGCCAUAACCUAAAUGUGCACUUUAUAGCUAGAACAAGCUUUCAAAGGAUCCAGCAAUGAAAUAAAAAAAACAGAAUGGCAAACUACCUACACUUUGUAUCUUAUGUUCAGAAGGUAGUUUUAGAAGCUUCUCCCAGUUCAGCUCACUGAUGCUUUGACAAGUGAAAUGAGGAUGCUGAUUUGCAGUAAUAUUAUUUCUGCUAAAUGAAUGCUAAGCCACAACUUCGUUUCAUCUCAUUUAACAAUGUCUUUGAAUAUUUAGUCAAGGGCAGCACUAAAAAUGCAGGGUUCAGAGAAGUGCUCGUUUUCUAGCCUACCGAUGAGUGUUUUAAUUUCUCUUGAUGGCAAACAAAAGCUGUUUCAAAAAAAACAUAACUAAGCUUAAUUUGUAUUCAUUAUUAUCAUGAUUUUUUAAUUUUAAACUAAGUAAGAUGACAGAUGUGGACAUUGAAUAUUUAAAGAUAAUGCUUCACUCCAUCUGUUGGGGAUAAAGUGAAGAAUGUUCAAGUCAUAGUUUUUCUGAUCAGUAAAACUGAAUAAUGUUGCUAUGUGCAAGGGAAACAGUUGAGUCUUUGUUGUUUUAUUAUUAUCAUUAUAAUAUAAUUCAUGGGGAUGAAACUAAUCAGUACCAUCUGAUCACUGUUUUUUUUUAACCUUUAUAAGUAGCUUACAGGAUCAAACUGCAUGCUUCCAUUAACUGCACAGUGUCUGCAAGUUGUGAUUGGGUGUUUGAUUUCCAGUUUUGAACCCCCUGGCUCCGUUGCCUGGGCUUGAUUUCCCUGAGGGCAGUACAGUUUACAAGGAAAUAUUCCUGGGCCCAAUGUAUCUAUACUUUUUAAAUGUUAUGUACAAGUAAUAUGUCUGAUGAAGAUUUUAAUAGCUGUAUUUAAUGUGUUGCUUUUGAAGCUGUUGUGGAUUUGGACAACCAAGUAUGACUAGUAUAAGUCACGUGAUUCGUAUUUUUAAAAUGUUGCUGUGUCCAGAAUGAACUCAUUAACUUCAUCUGAAUAGUGGUUAAGGUGUUUACUUUGUAUCCUUGUGGUUGAGAAAAGACCAAGUGGAUCUUAACAUUCUUGCUCAAUGCUGUAAACUCUUGACUGUGUCAUCAAUUUCUGCACCAUCUUAUUCUGGCAGGUGCUGAACAAAUGGCCACUUGUAUGGAUAAUUUGAGUUUCUGGUUGAACAUCAGAAGUCAGGAUUUGUUUGAUACACUUAAAGUCCAGAUGUCAGUAUUCAGAUUAUGUGUUUUCUCUUUGAGCAAGGAAGCACAGAGACUUGGAAUAACAUUCCUGGCCAAAUUAAGAUGGACAAAUGUGUGUCUAAUACCAACCAGUAAUUUAAAAUGGUCAUUGGCAUUGCGGUCACCUUACCAUGAGUUCUGAUUUCCCUGUAAAUUCUGAAGAAGUACUUUGGAGAGUGAGAGCACUGAAUCAUAAACAUAAUAUCUCCUGCUCUUCUAGUUACUGUUAGGAACUCCGAAAUUCAUGAGCCUUGGUAGAGGCUUGGAGAAAUUUUGAUGCUGCCUCAGUAUCUAAAAAAAAUUGUGGAGAGCAAAAGAAUUGGGCAAAAUAAUAGGUGAGUGUGACUUUAAAAAUCAGCAAUUAGUUCCAGAGAACCUCAUGCUGAUUCACUUCCUGUAACUACCUAAAGUUUGUGUUUUGUACAAUGAAUUAUUGACUUUAUAUUGUAAACCAUUAUUUAUGAUUGAACAAGAAUAUCAAAAUCCUUUUUUUGUUAAUUAUUGUUAUUUUAUCAUAUUUGGUACAGUUUUUUGUAUUUCUUUAUUCACGGCCCUAAUGUGUCCACUUUUUGUUUUAGUUGUUCCUUUUCUUCAUAACCCCAUAUCAUUUUGAAUCUGUUAUUGCAGAUUCACCAUGUAACUGUUUCUUCAGUCAAUCUUUGUGUGCCCCAGCCACUGAUUCAGAAUUAUUAUCACUCACAGGAUGUUGUUGCCUGGCCCUUUAUUAGUAGUCCAAUAUGGAAUUCCAUCCAUUUUGUUGACCAUGGGCAUAUCAUCUGUUUUCCUCUCAUUCUCUUCAUGAAUUUCAGUUGUUUAAUAGCAAGAAAGUCUCUUCAGAAACCCUUUGGAAACUAUCUGUACCGGUCACUUAUUCAUCAAAAUGCCUUGAAGGAUAGUGGCUUGAUGGCUUGAAGUAACACUAAUUACAUGACAAUUUUGCCACAAAAGUUAGCGCUACUUCUGCUCAGCUCUAGCAACCCAUGUUCAUUUCUGACCUUAGCUGUUGACUGUGUGGAAUUGCAUGUUCUCUGUGUGACUUGUGUGUAUUUCUGCUGGAUGCUUGACUUUCCUCCCACAUCCUAAUGACAUGUAGGUUAGUUGGCAAUUGUACAUUGCCCCUAUUAUUUAUGGGUGGCAGGAAAAUUAUGGAAAGGGGCAUGUGAGAGAGAAUAGGUAAUAGGAAAUAAGUGGAGGAAUGGGAUUGAUGGGUUUGCUCCGAGAGUUGGCAUAGACUUGACGGGCUUGAAUGUCCUGUGAAAUUGUAAGAAAAAAAUAUUAAAAUGGAAACAAAAAGUAUGAAUAGUUCCACUACAGGUUAUGAUCUCUGAAGUAACCAGGCAUAUUUGUUCUGGAAAUUAGUUUGUGGAAAUUAAUAUUGUGAAGACUUCACAUUUUUUUGGUCCCUUGCCUUAAUAUUUUUGGAUCUGAGGGUUCGGUAGCAAACUGUAGGCAUUGUUCCUGUAGCCUGUCAAUGUGUUGAUUAUUGUGACUGUCUUCCUGAAUUUGUUGUAUCCUGCCACGGCUUUCCUGCUCAAUGUUAGUGUGCUGAAGCUUAGCACCAUUUUGCAUGCAAUUGUUUCAGCUUCUUGCUAAAUCCAAUAAAAAUAUUUGGAUAUGCCAAACACUCUGCAAAAUAAGUGAUCUCAUUUGGAUGUGCAGAUCCUAAGCAUUUCCAACUAGAAUGUUUCUGAGAAUGUCUCAUUAAUAAUAGUAAUGAGACAUUGAUCAAAUUUAGCAGAAACAAAGAAUUCUAAUCAUAUAUUGGGUAUGGCAAAAAAAGUUUCACAAAUAUUUGAAAUGUAGUUAAAUUAGUUGCUAAGCACUAUUUUUUAAUCCUGUUGUACCAACAAGAAAUCAGACCACCUUAGGUUGUGAAAGUUUUCCAUUUGCCAACCAGGAGAGACAGUUUGUCUUACAAAUAUUACCAGAGCCAGUAAAGUUAAUGGAAAAGAUACUAUACUGGUUAUUUAGUUCUAGCGACCAAAGGCUGCUUCUUAAAAUGUACAUUUUCAGGAGUUAGCUGAUUGAAAUGUGCAGGCCAUCAUCAUGUGCUGAAAGCUGUUAAUCUUGAAUAACCUUUCAAAAAUGCAAUUUUCAAAAAGAUGUCUAAUGUAACCAAUUAGUUAAGGUACAUUUAGCCUAUCCUUCUGGGUGAAAGAAACUGGUGAGAGAUGUGGAGUGGGCAAGAUCACAUCAUAGGAAAAUACCGCUCCUUUUAAAGGGACGCCAGUUCAGGACAACUUGCCUUUUGAGGUGGAAAGGAGAGAUCUUAACAAUUUAGAAAGAGCAUGAUUAUAAUUUCUGUGAUAAACUUUCCUAAAUUUCUGAAGACAAGUUAAAUUCAAAACAAAUUAGCAUGGUUUUAAUCACUGCUGACCCAUUAAUUGAUUAGUUGAAAUCAUUAGUUUCAUUUUGGAUGAUUAUGCGGAUGUAAUCUCAAUCUGCUCCUGUGGAAUUUGCACCCCUGUUCUUGAAUGAGUGUUUGCAACUAUAAUGUAAGAGAUGGCCCUCUGUAAGCCUCUGAAAUUGCAUGCAAUUUAAUAAUCUGCAUGCUCUAUAUGUGCAUAGAGUUAGAUUAUGAAGUUCUUGGGCUGCUGUUGCAUGAAAAGUUUUUUUUAAUGACCCCCUAAAAAGAACAAAAUAAUGCAUGUGGGGGAGGCAUAUUUGGUUCUUGCUUUAGAUAGUGCAAUGUCAUCAGCAUUGGACAGACUGAGAGGUUUAAAGAUGGAGAGCCUGGAGGUCAAAGGGAUUAACUCAUACAUAAAAUGAUGAUGUCUGGUCUUUCUAUUGUAAUGCAAGAGUAUUUUUGCCACACUGGUAACUAUAAGGUAUACUAAAACACAGGAAGGUUUAAUGUAAAAUAGUCUGUUCCACUGUUAGAAGAUAGCCAGGAUAGAAACUGUGCUGCUCAGAAAAUGUGCACUGAAUAUUGUUUAUUGAAAUCCCCUGGUUAUAUAUAUAUUUUUGUGAGCAAAUUACCAAUGCAAAAAUACUCGUAAAUAAAUAGAGGGCAGACAUUAUCAUUUUACUUGUGAUUUAAUCCCAUGUCCUCCAGGUGCUCCAUCAGACACUUCAGUGCCACUCUAUAGGAAUUCCAUGUUGUGGUCUCUCCAGUGGUGUCACCUGGGGCAUUCAUAUUCCAGGAUUUAAUCAUGUGACAAAGUAUACCUGCAAUGGAAUGUAUUGCAUAAAUUUGUACUGGCUUUGUCAGAUAGAUUUAUAUAAAAAUUCUUAGUCUGUGUUGAAACUCAACAGGCCAAGAAUUGAAUCGGGCUAAUUAAAACAAAAAUGGGUAUCUCUGAAAAGGUGCACAAAUAAUGGAGCUUUAUGAAUCAUGACCACAAGUACUUUUUAUUUCCUGGCACGCUAUCCUCCUCAGUUUUAAUACGAAAAACAUGAUGAUGCUGGAGGAACUCAGCAGGGCAGGCAGCAUCCUUGGAGUAACCGCGAUCUGCGUCUCCCCAUUGCCAGUCACUUCAACUCCUCCUCCCAUACUAUCACUGAUAUGACAGUCCUCGGCCUCCUCCACUGCCAGGAGAAUUCCAAGCGCAAACUGGAGGAACAGCACCUCAUUUUCCGUCUUGGAACCUUGUAGCCUUAACAGCAUGAAUAUUGAAUUCUCCCACUUUAGGUAAUCCACAACCCCCUUCCCCACAAACCCCACCCACCACCGCCACCAUGCUUCUUCUCUUCUUCCCUUUCCUAGCCUUUUUUUCCCUUCUCUCUUCUUACCUUUGACCCAUCCCCCGGUGGAUCUGCUCGCCCCUCCUCCCCCGCACCUGCCUAUCACUAUCUCUUACCUGCAUCUACCUUUCACCACCCUGUGCCCACCCCACCUCCCAUCUAUUAUCCACCAAUCACUGCUCUGCUUUUUCCUUUCUAUAUAUUGAGCUUCCCCUUUUCCUAUCUUCAGUCCUGAAGAAGGGUCCUGACCCAAAGUGUUGACCACCUGCUUUUCUCCACGGAUGCUGCCUGGCCUGCUGACUUCCUCCAGCAUCAUCGUGUUUUUCAUCUAGAUUCCAGCACCUGCAGUCCUUUUGUUUCUCUAGUUUUAAUACGUAUUGAUCAAUCUCAAGCUUAGGGCUUAAAGUAUCAUACAAUACUGAAAUUAUAUCCUCUGAAAUUUUGUAGGUGGGGUUUGGGGAAGGCGGUUGUGGUGUUGGGGGAGCAGUGUUGGACAGUGUGAUAAAGAUAAAAGGAGAAGCAGUUACAAGAGUGAAUAGUUUUUGUUCACUGUUUACAAUUAGUGGAGAAUGAGAGAGUGAGUGGGGAGCCAUAAAAUGCAAAUUAUACAGAUUUCUCUGAAGUGGGGUGCAACAAAAAAGUGUUUUGGAACUACUAUCCUAAAUUAUUACUGAAAUUGGAUUCUGUUGCUAUGUGGGACUUUUCCCUCGCCAAUGGGGGAUUUAUUAAUAAGAGCUGGUGCAAUUUAUCUGGUGGUGGACUCUUAGUGGUUCCACCAAAAUUAACUUUGCAAUCUUUCUCAAAAAGUAUAAAUUCUUCUAGUGCCUAAAAGUGGCUUUAGAACUGGAUUCUGGUUGGUUGGUUCAAUUGAGUUUGGUUGCCUAACAUUUAAGACCUAGAAUUUGCCAAAUGAUUGAUUAAGAGGAACAAAAUCAUUGCUUAGUCCUCAAAGGGCUGACCUUUGUCUAAAGUGUGUUUUGCAAAAGGGAAAUGAAUAUCUUGUGAACAUGAUGUUAAUUCAAUUUAAUGUUGGUUUCUGUGCUAUGAACACUAUGCUCUUUUAAGAGCAAAGAAAACGAUGUAUUACACAGACAAUAAAAAGCAGUUUUAUGAGAA